AUGUUGAAGCUCUGGCUCCUUAUCAAGAAGCAUUUAAAAGACGACAAUGGAAAGUCUGAACAGACUUCAGAAGCUAAAUGCGUGAUUAAGAAACUGUGGAAGGAUUUCGAAGUGAAUAUGUCAGACGACCUGAACUCACCUCCCAUACUCAGAGGCGCGUUCCAGAGCACGAUGAAAUUCAUCAACGUUUCAAUCACCAAACUCAAGAAAACGCAGCAGGGACAGCAGGAGAAGAUGGCGCUGGUUGUGUCACUUUUAGAGAUCGAGAAAGCAGCGAGGGGAAUCCUCGAUGUGCUUGGUUUGCUCACGCCUCUAAGCUACGCAGAGUUUUUGAAAGAGAUGAAACAAAAAGCAUUAGCAAAAGCACAAUUAGGAGAAGAAGAAGUGUUACAGAAUAUUGAAGAAAGGAAAAUGAGACGGAAGGUAAGCGAUAAUAUUAGAGGUUCGUUGAAAAGUAGAGGAAUCUCCCUCAUGGAUAUCCCUGGAAAAGACACUCUGUGGAGGCCCUCUUUCGAGUGCAGCUCUCAGCCUAUACCUAGAAAAGCCACUUUGUGGAGGCCCUGGCUCCUUUACACCUCUAAGUAUAAAUUCCAUUAG